UCAUGUGGCAUGUGGCACGGCGAUGUUAAUUCUUCCAAGGCUAGCUCUGUUGACGUUAUUAAUGAGUCACUUAUUGUGAUACUAAUUUUGUGUAGAUCAUAGCGCUCUCUGUCGCUAAAUGCAUUAUGUUGAGAUUAAAGCCAUUUCGUAUUGUUAACAAUGUGCACAUUUCGGGACUUUUUGACGUUUGUAAGGUCAAGGUCACAUGCCGUUCAGUGGCACGUUGUCAAUGUUUUGGACAUUUAUGCAAACAAGAAUCAACUUUUUCUUGGCCAUUUUUGGGAUCAUUCUAUAAAAGAACAGUAUUUAAGAAAUGCACGUCAACUUCAUUAUUACAACGAAAUUUCCCGUUGUCAAGAUGUUCCAAACAAAAAUCUGAUGUUGUAAGCGGGCAGCGUUUGAACAAAUUGAAGUUGAGUCCAGAAGCGUCAAAAACAUUGACUCCAAAAGCUAGACCGAAGGCAUCAGAUAUCAAACGACUUUUAACUUUGGCAAAACCAGAAAGCGCUAAAAUAGCAGGGGCUGUUGCACUUCUCCUUGUUUCGAGUUCUGUGACGAUUGCCAUUCCAUUUUGUAUGGGAAAGGUGAUUGACAUCAUUUACACAGCUUCGCAAGAUGGCCACCUUGGUGAUCGCCUUAAAGACAUAUGCAAAAUAUUGUUAGUCGUCUUCAUUAUGGGAAGUUUAGCAAACUUUGGACGUGUGUACCUGAUGCAAAUUGCAGGACAGAACAUUGUAAAACGCCUAAGAGAGAAGUUGUUUGGAUCCAUCAUAAAACAGGAAAUAGCUUUCUUCGACAAGACGAAAACAGGGGAGCUAAUCAACCGACUCUCUACCGACACAUCACUGCUGGGUCAGUCGGUCACAAUGAACAUCUCUGACGGCUUGAGGGCAGCAAUAUCGGCUAUUGGUGGAAUUUCUAUGAUGGUGUUUGUUUGUCCAAAGCUUGCUGCCAUAUCGAUGGGUAUUGUUCCUCCGAUAGCUGUGGUGUCUGUGAUUUACGGGCGGUAUGUGAAGAACAUCACUCGUCAGGUGCAAGAUAAGCUUGCAGACGCAACACAGUUUGCAGAGGAGAAACUAGGGAAUGUUCGCACUGUACGUGCAUUUGCACAUGAGAAGAAAGAAAUCUCGGCUUAUAGUGAAAAGGUUACAGAUGUCUUAAUGCUGUCAUAUAAAGAAGCUCUUGCAAGAGGAAUAUUUUGGGGAUCAACUGGGUUGUCGGGAAAUGUGAUCGUGCUGUCUGUGCUGUAUUACGGUGGAAUAAUGAUGACGGAAGCCCAGAUCACUGUUGGUGACCUUUCGGCCUUCCUUCUCUAUGCUGCAUACGUGGGCAUCUCUUUCGGAGGCUUGAGUUCGUUUUACACGGAGCUGAUGCGAGGGCUAGGAGCCAGUUCUCGAAUUUGGCAGCUGGUGCAUCGAGAGCCGAGAAUUCCGUUAUCAGAUGGACUGACUCCAUCAGGUCCAGUUCAGGGAAAUGUUGAGUUUGAACAAGUCAGUUUCUACUACCCGUCUCGCUCAGACGUGGCCAUAUUUAACAAUUUCAACCUCGUUGUGCCUGCGGGGUCAGUCACGGCCGUGGUUGGGUCAAGUGGGUCGGGAAAAUCAACAGUCGCUGGAUUGUUGCUCAGAUAUUAUGAUCCAGCCAAUGGUAAAAUUACGUUUGACAGUGAGGACAUCCGUGCUUUGAGCCCAUUAUGGCUGAGAAGUCAAAUUGGAGUGGUCAGUCAGGAGCCAGUGCUGUUCUCGUGUUCCAUCAUGGAUAAUAUCGCCUACGGUUCCAAUGACCCUAGCACUGUGACGACAGAACAAAUCAUUGAUGCAGCAAAGAAAGCCAAUUGCUACACCUUUGUGACGUCAUUUCCUUCUGGAUUCAACACACUGGUAGGGGAGAGGGGACUUCUGUUGUCAGGUGGUCAGAGACAGAGAAUAGCAAUAGCCAGAGCUAUUUUGAAGAACCCUAAAAUCUUGAUUCUAGAUGAAGCCACUAGUGCGCUGGAUGCUGAGAGUGAAUUCCUAGUGCAGGACGCCCUGGAGAACCUGAUGGUUGACAGGACGGUGAUAACCAUCGCCCACCGUCUCUCCACCAUCAGAUCAGCCGACCAAAUCGCUGUCAUCGACGGCGGACGGAUCGCCGAAAUAGGCAGCUACGACGAUCUCAUGCUAAUACCUCACGGAAUCUUCCGGAAACUUGUAGAACGACAGACCAUAACCAGAUGAUUAUUGGAUGAUUAGACAAUGUAAUCGUGUGUCAUGAGCAUUUGUGUCAUAAUCAUUUGUUUACGUCAUAAUCAUUUGUGUGUCAUAACUUGUCUCCUAAUUAUUUGUGUCAUAAUCAUUUGUUUAUGUCAUAAUCAUUUGUUUGUUAAGAGUCAUAACCAUUUAUGUGUGUGCAAUGUUAACACUAAGUCAGAAUUGUUUAUAAAUUCAGUUAUUUAUUGGCCAGUGAUAGAUAGAGAUUAUUAAACGAGUCGGUGUGUUGUACUGAUUUUAUGAAACGAGUGUCAGGAUUUUUGUAUUGCCCGAGCGAAUCCUGACACAAGUUUCGUAAAAUCAGUACAAUUCAUAUGCAGGUGUAAUAAUUUCUUUAUUAUCCAUAU